GCCGCGGGACUGAUUGGCGAAGGAGAAGGAGGCGGCGAAGGUCGAAGUCAAAGCAAAGGCCGCGCGGGGAGUGAGACGCACGGUGGGCGUGGCCAAGGCGCGCUCCCUGGUGGCGCAUGCGCGUUCUGCUCGGCGUCCGCGCGCCUUGGAAGAGGAGCGCCGCCGCUGCUGCUGCUGCUGAGGCUGCCCUCCCUCCCUCCCUCCCUCACGGCGGCCGCCAUUUUGGAUCCGCGGCCGCUUUCCGCGCGACGCCAGAAGGCAAGGCAAGGCAAGGCAAGGCAAGGCAAGGCAGCGCGGUGGGAGGAUCGGCCCGUCCUCCGCGGCUGAAGGCCCCCGAGGGCGCCUCGGUCCCGCUCCGGCCCCCGAGGCGGCGGCCUGGAGGAUGAGGCGGCGGCACGGGACGGGCCUCGCUGCGACACUGAGGAAGAAGAUGUUGACUACAAGUUUCAUUAAAGACUUACUGAUGAACCACAUGCCUGCUCUUCUUUAAAAAAUAAAAUAAAAAAUUGCAACAGCACGUACUGUGAUGGACUCUCAAAAUAUUGCUAUGUUAGGGUUGGGUUCUGGUUCUGAAGGGUUUUCUGGGAAGAGCCCCUCUGCAGUUGCCACAGGCACAGCGGGAAGCAGGAGAGAGGUGGAACUAGAUGGUAGUACUAAGGAAGACGAGGAGGACAAGAGGAAUUGUGAGCGGACUAGUGGUGAUGAGAUUGGCAAAGAUGAGAGUCUGACGGAUGCCCAGCAGCAAUUUUCUGUGAAGGAAACUAAUUUUUCUGAGGGGAAUUUAAAACUAAAAAUAGGCCUCCAGGCUAAGAGAACUAAAAAACCUCCUAAGAACCUGGAAAAUUAUGUCUGUCGGCCGGCCAUAAAAACCACCACAACCAGGAGGUUGCAGAAGGUUGGGAAGAUGACUGAUGAGAAGAACGACCCUGGCCCUGUGAAGCAAGAUCCACCAAAGCUGUACAAGAAGAGCGGAGAAGCCUCACCACCAGUUGAAGGCUCCACGGCUGAAGGCAGACAGAGGGAAAGCAGCCUGCUUUCAAGAAAACUUUCACCUCUGCAUUCUGAAGUGACAGAUUAUGGAAAGUCAGCACUUUCCACUCCCGUCAAUAGUCAUGAUCCUGACUCAAAAGACAGAGUUCAGAUUAAUGGAGCACCAACUGUUACAGAAAAAUUGGCACAGCUGAUUGCAACUUGUCCUCCUUCAAAGUCUUCCAAAACAAAACAAAAAAAGUCAGCCAUGGGAAUUGCUUCAGGAUUUGCUAAAGAUUCUGGAAAGAAACUGUCAGUUGUAGGGGCACCAUCUGCUUUGGUUAUCAAGGAUUUUGUAAAGAAACAACCUGGAAGCAGCGGUAUGGGUAUUGCUUUGGGCAAUAAGGAGUUUGCAAAGAAAUCGCCAGUGACUAGUAGUGGCAUUGGGUUAAUCAGCAAGGAAUCUGGGGGCAAAAAGCAACCAGGGGUUUGUCCCAAUAUGGUAGGUCUAACUAACAAGGACUGUGGGAAGAAGCUACCAGUUCUUAGCUCUCUGGUUGGAUUGGCCAGCAAGGAGAGUGGAAGAACAUUAUUAGUGAGUGGCAUGCCAGCUGGGUUGGUCAGCAAGGAGCCUGGAAAAAGGUUGUUGGGAACAAGCAGCCCAGUUGGUUUGGUUAACAAGGAUCCUGCAAAAAAGCUGCUAAACACUGUUAGACCUCCUCCUCCGGUUAAUAAAAUGUUUCCAGGAUCUGACAGUCCAAUUGGAUUGUUUAAUAAGCAUUCUGAGAAGAAACAUGCAGGGUCAGAUACCCCAAUUGGAUUGAUUAGCAAGGACUCUGGGAAAAAACUGCCAGUAUUUAGUACAAGUGGAUUAGUUAACAAAGACUCUGGAAAGAAACUUUUGGGGGCUGGUGGGUUGAUUAAAGAGCCUGGAAAGAAGCCAUUGGGGGUUGGUGUUCCAGCCACAUUGACUGCUAAAGACUCUGGGAAGAAAUUGGUGGGAACCAGCAAUCUCUGUGGGUUGGCUAAUAAAGACUCGGGGGCUCUGAAAGCUGAUCCAGCUACCUCUUCCUCGGAGACCUUAAAACGGUGUGGUGCAAACCUCUUGAAUCUUGAAAGUCCUGCACCUCACGGCUUUUUGAAGGAGAAUCUUGGCAGUAAACAGUUUGAAAAGCAUAUUGCCAGACCUAGUAGGGAGAGCAUCCCAGAAAAGUUGCCAGUUCAGAAAGAAGUCUUAAGUGGAGGCAAAGAAGGGAGCUGCAGUCAACUCGAUGGCACUGCUUCCAGUGAAAAAGGCACUUCUGAAACAACUAAACAUGACAAACAAGUGCCAGUUUAUUGCACUUCCCCUGACUUCAGAACAACAGGAGGUGUUUCUGAUAUAUCUACAGCCAAGUCUCCAUUCAGUGCUGUAGGAGAGGGAGGCCUCCCCUCUCCCUCUCCAGCUGCAUCUAUCACAAGUUUAUCCCGUAGCCCUACAGCAACCUUGGCUCAGUUAGCUUCAAGCCCAUUGCAUUUAAAUAACACAUCUGAUUUCUUAGAAGGAAUUUCUGAGCAGAUUAGUAAGAUCCCAUUUGCUUCUGAUAGUAUAUGUUCAGGUCUGAACAGGCUGUCAAAUCCUGGCUCACAUGCUAUCAGCAAAGGGAUUGGUAGGGAAUUAAACAGUUCUAGUUCUGCACACAGAGAUGAUCCCAAACCAAACCCAAGCUUAGGCAAAAAACCUAACCUGGCAACUGACUCAAAUGUCCGUGCCACUGUUGCCCCUUCAGUUGUGAGCUUUUCCACCUUAUUUAAUAGUAAGCCCUUUCUAAAGAUUGGGGCCAUGACUUCAUCAGGGAAAGUAUGCCAAGGUAUGGAAUCCCUGAGCAGCAGCAACAGCAGUGGUAGUGGUCCCCAAACAAAGCCCUUUAAGAAAAGGAAAGGAAGGAAGCCACGCUGGACCAAAGUCAUCUCUAGAAGCUCCUGUCAAUCUUCCAAAGAUCUAGAAUUAGGAAGGCCUGAGCUUUUCAAUAAUAUUUCCUGCAGCUCACUGUCAAACAGUAGCAUGGACCAGACAAAGUUAUUUAAAAGCACAGGCCCUCCUUCCUAUGCUGAACAUGAGUUUGCCAAACACCAUUUGCCGAAGCUGAGCAAAGCCAGUAGCAUGCAGUCUGUCACUCUGUUAAACAGUGUUGAAAUAGAACCAACUAAAUUUUACAGUACCCAUAUGCAGACUUCUGUUGAGUGCAUUUCAGAUGACCUGUUACCUGAAAUGUACAAGUCCAAAAGGGGCAGGUCAAAAUCCAAAGAGAUGCCCCACUUGGAAGGCCUCCCAAAACAAACUCUGAAGAUCCCUGCUUCUAAGGUAUUUUCAGUUAAUUCAAAGGAAGAGCAAGAACCUCCAGUGUUGCAUCCUGAGGUUGAAAUUCCCUCUUUUCGGCAGAGCCUCACAGAAGCUUUUCCAAAGAAGAGGGGUCGUCCCAAAAGACAGAUGAGGUCAGAGGUCAAAAUGCAACCUCCAGUCCUCUCUGUGGCACCUUUUGUCACUGCAGAUAGUUCCGACAAGUUGGAGUCUGAAAAUGAGCAGCAACAAAGUGGAGAUUUCUUUGAAGGGACUAACCCAUUAGGAGAUUCGGAGGAGCUUGGAAAAACAAAUGCCUGCAACAUGACUGACCUUGAGGCAGAACAAGACCAUAAGGAGACUAAGCGCAACAAUGGCCAGCUCAUGAAAACGAUCAUCAGGAAAAUCAACAAAAUGAAGACAUUAAAGCGGAAAAAGCUCUUGAAUCAAAUCCUCUCAUCUACCACAGCAGAACCAAAUAAAGGGAAAGUGCAAUCAAAACUCCAUACAACAGUGUCAACACUUGCUGCCACCUUUGGCUCCAAAUUAGGCCAACAGAUCAAUGUCAGCAAGAAAGGAACAAUCUACAUAGGAAAGAGGCGAGGAAGGAAGCCAAAAGCUGUCCUGAAUGAUAUCUUGACUGCUAAUUCUGCCAGCUUGACUGUGCUUGAAAAGUCUGCCCAACAGGCAUCUGGAACCACCAUAGGGCAAGCAAUUCCCCCAUUGCUGCCUUCAGUGGCUAAUAACAAUAAUCCUGAGGUUCUUCCUUCACCAGUUUGUUCUCAGUCUUCGGGGGUAAGUGGGGGACAGAGCCCCAUCAGCAGUGACUUGAGCUUUGUAGAGCCUAAUUCAGUGCCGUAUCUGCACCUCCACUCCAGGCAGGGGAGUGUGGUACAGACUCUAGCAAUGCGAAAGGCCUCAAGAGCCAGAAGGAGGCUCUCUCCUCCUACUCUUCUGCCAAACUCCCCAUCCCACAUAAGUGAGCUCAGUUCAUUGAAGGAAGCUACACCAUCACCCAUCAGUGAGUCCCACAGUGAUGAAACCAUUCCCAGUGACAGUGGGAUUGGGACAGACAACAACAGUACAUCUGACAGGGCAGAGAAGUUCUGUGGCCCAAAGAAGCGGCGACACUCCUUUGAUCAUAUCUCUCUUGUGCCUCCUGAGACUGCAACAGUCCUGAGCAGCUUAAAGGAGAAACACAAACACAAGUGUAAGCGCCGGAGCCAUGAUUAUCUGGCCUAUGACAAAAUGAAGAGGCAAAAGAGGAAGAGGAAGAAGAAAUACCCACAGCUGCGGGGCAGACAGGAUCCUGAUUUCUUGGCAGAACUGGAGGAGUUGAUAAAUCGCUUGAGCGAGAUCCGGAUUACUCACCGGAGCCACCAUUUUAUUCCCCGGGAUUUGCUACCCACCAUUUUCCGCAUCAAUUUCAACAGCUUCUACACCCACCCCACCUUUCCUUUGGAUCCUUUGCACUACAUCCGAAAGCCUGACUUGAAGAAAAAAAGAGGACGGCCUCCCAAAAUGCGGGAAGCAAUGGCAGAAAUGCCUUUCAUGCAUAGCCUCAGUUUCCCCCUUUCCAGUACUGGAUUCUACCCUUCCUAUGGUAUGCCUUAUUCUCCUUCUCCCCUUGCAGCUGCUCCCAUUGGCUUGGGCUAUUAUGGGCGUUACCCACCAACCCUUUAUCCUCCCCCACCUUCCCCUUCAUUCACAACCCCGUUGCCCCCUCCGUCCUACAUGCAUACCGGCCAUUUGCUCCUUAACCCUGCCAAGUACCACAAAAAGAAGCAUAAGCUGCUCCGCCAGGAAGCCUUUCUCACAGCCAGCCGGGCACCUCUCCUCUCUAUGAGCACCUACCACCCCAGUGUCCCACCAGAGAUGGCUUAUGGCUGGAUGUUGGAACACAAGCACCGCCACCGCCACAAGCACCGUGAGCACCGCUCCUCAGAGCAACAGCAGGUUUCCAUAGACAGCUUGGCACCCAGUGGCCCUUCCCGUACUGUCCUGGAGUCCUUGAAACGUUACCGGUUUGGGAAGGAGGGAGUUGGUGAGAGGUACAAACAUAAGGAGAAGCACCGGUGUCAUAUGGCUUGCCCACACCUGUCCCCUUCAAAAGGCCUGCUAGGCAGGGAGGAACAGUGGGUUCGGAGGGAGCCAGCGGAGUCAAACUCCCUUGCUCUGGGAUUACAGACACCGUUACAGAUAGAGUGCUCAGAUGCCUCACCAAGCCUACCAUUGGGCAGGUUCACUCCAAGUUCUGAGCCAGCCAGUAGUGAUGAACACACAAACCUUUUUACCAGUGCAAUAGGCAACUGCCGGGUUGGUAGCUCUGCUAGUACCAGUGGACGUAAAAAACUGUCUGAUGUCACAGGCCUCUUUAGUCCCCAAGAAACUUCACUUGGCCGAACCCUCCGAAAAGAAACAUUGCCCCCUGUAGAAAAGGCAGUUCCAGUCCUUUCAGGAACGCUUCCAACACAGGACAAACUCUUGCAGAGGCCAACAGAAGGCACAAGCUGCAGUCCUUCCAGAAAGAGAUCCUCGUCUGAAAGCACAUCUUCUACAGUGGCUGGGGUACCUGCACGAAAUACAAGAUUAGGGACAACAAUGGAAGAUCCUGUUGAUAAUUUGUUGCAGCGCAUGGCUCAGCAUGAAAGCCAGAGUGGACUGAACAAAACCUUUGAGACUGCCAUGGCAAGUGUACCUGCUGCACCCUUGGGGAGUCCCAGUCAGAGCCCCAGCAGGGAGAAGAGCAGUACCCUGUUGAUACCUGGCGACUCAGGCAGUGAUGGCCUCUCACUUUCAGAUCAGUUGUCAAUCAGCUACUCCCCACAUCACUUCAAGAGGAGCAUGGUGGAAGCUAUGCAAUGCCAGGCAAGGAAAAUGUGCAAUUAUGACAAGAUUUUGGCCACUAAGAAAAAUCUGGACCAUGUAAACAAAAUCCUCAAAGCCAAGAAAUUACAGAGGCAGGCACGGACUGGCAAUAACUUUGUGAAGCGCCGACCUGGCAGGCCUAGGAAAUACCCCUUGCCAUCGGUAGUUUCAUCACAUGCUGUUCAAGUGAACCGGUUUGUCAGCCAAGAACUUGAGAGUACAGACCAAGGCUGCUUGCUGCACUGUGGUCCUGAUACUGUCACAGAUGCAAUAGAAUCAGUGGUUCAGGGAGUUAAUGUGAAGGGCUGGAAGAGGAAGAGAUGGCUGGAAGAGGAACAGGCCAGGAAAAGGCAAAAACCUUUGCCAGAGGACGAACAGGAGAGCAAUAAAAGCUUGUCUGAAGUGACAACAGAGACUCCCAUUCCCGAGGAAGUGAUAGUGAAACCACGUGAGUUGGAGAGCCUUGAGCAGCCACUGACUUCUCUUGUCCAGCGGGAAAAGAAAGCUCCACGACCCCCCAAAAAGAAGUACCAGAAGGCAGGGUUAUACUCUGAUGUGUACAAAACCACUGACCCGAAAAGCCGAUUGAUCCAGUUAAAGAAAGAGAAGCUGGAAUACAGUCCUGGAGAGCAUGAGUACGGCUUGUUCCCAGCACCUAUUCAUGUGGGAAAAUACCUACGCCAGAAGCGAAUUGACUUCCAGUUGCCGUAUGACAUUCUCUGGCAGUGGAAACAUAAUCAGUUAUAUAAAAAACCAGAUGUCCCGCUCUAUAAAAAAAUCCGUUCUAAUGUUUAUGUGGAUGUGAAACCUCUUUCUGGUUAUGAGGCUACCACUUGUAACUGUAAGAAACCAGAGGAGAACAACAAAAAAGGCUGCUUGGAUGACUGUUUGAACAGGAUGAUCUUUGCUGAGUGCUCUCCCAAUACCUGCCCCUGUGGUGAGCAGUGUUGCAAUCAGCGGAUUCAGAGGCACGAGUGGGUGCAGUGUUUGGAGCGCUUUCGGGCUGAAGAGAAAGGCUGGGGCAUCCGUACUAAAGAGUCCCUAAAAGCAGGGCAGUUCAUCAUAGAGUACCUAGGAGAAGUUGUCAGUGAACAGGAGUUCAGAAAUCGAAUGAUUGAGCAGUACCACAACCACAGCGAUCACUAUUGCCUGAACCUUGACAGUGGGAUGGUGAUUGACAGCUAUCGCAUGGGCAAUGAGGCUCGCUUCAUCAAUCACAGCUGCAAUCCAAACUGUGAGAUGCAGAAAUGGUCUGUCAAUGGGGUCUACAGGAUUGGGCUGUAUGCACUGAAGGAUAUGCCUGCUGGCACUGAGCUUACUUACGACUACAACUUCCACUCCUUCAAUGUGGAGAAGCAGCAACUCUGCAAAUGUGGAUUUGACAAGUGCAGGGGGAUCAUUGGAGGCAAGAGCCAGCGAGUGAAUGGCCUUCCAAGCAAAAGCAGUCAGCUGGUGACUGCACAGAGAAGACCAAGCCGGUCCAAAGAGAAGAGGAAAUCAAAGCACAAGCUGAAGAAGCGGAAGGGUCAUGCCCCUGAGGAGCCCAGCGAAAGCUCAAGUACCCCAACUCGGUUGACUCCACAGCUGCAAAUGAAGCCUAUGUCUAACAGGGAAAGGAAUUUUGUGCUAAAACACCAUGUUUUCCUGGUGCGCAAUUGGGAGAAGAUCCGAGAAAAGCAAGAAGAAGUUAACCAUGUCAGUGACAAUCUUCACACUGCUUCAUUAUACACACGCUGGAAUGGGAUGUGCCGGGAUGAUGGCAACAUAAAAUCUGAUGUCUUCAUGACACAGUUCUCUGCCCUGCAGACAUCUCGCUCAGUGCGAACACGGCGGUUGGCUGCAGCUGAAGAGAACAUCGAAGUAGCACGUGCAGCACGCCUUGCACAGAUCUUCAAGGAAAUCUGCGAUGGCAUCAUCUCAUACAAAGAUUCUUCCAGGCAGGCACUUGCAGCUCCUUUGCUGAAUCUUCCCCCAAAGAAGAAGAAUGCAGAUUACUAUGAGAAGAUCUCUGAUCCCCUUGACCUCACCACCAUCGAGAAGCAGAUCCUGACAGGCUAUUACAAAACAGUGGAAGCUUUUGAUGGCGACAUGCUGAAGGUUUUCCGUAAUGCUGAAAAAUACUAUGGCAGGAAAUCUCCAAUUGGACGGGAUGUCUGUCGGUUGCGGAAAGCAUACUACAAUGCUCGCCAUGAAGCAGCUGCCCAGAUAGAUGAGAUUGUGGGAGAGACUGCUAGCGAGGCGGACAGCAGUGAGACAUCUAUGUGUGAGAAGGAAACUGGUCAUGAGAAGGAUGAGGAUGUGAUCCGCUGCAUCUGUGGCUUGUUCAAAGAUGAAGGGCUCAUGAUCCAAUGUGAUAAGUGCAUGGUUUGGCAGCACUGUGACUGCAUGGGAGUGAACUCAGAUGUUGAACACUAUUUGUGUGAGCAAUGUGAAUCUCGCACAGUGGAUAGGGAGGUGCCUAUGAUCCCUCGACCUCAUUAUGCCCAAUCUGGCUGUGUUUACUUCAUCUGUCUGUUACGGGAUGAUCUCUUGCUACGCCAAGGUGACUGUGUGUACCUGAUGAGAGACAGCCGAAGGACUUCAGAUGGCCACCCCGUCCGACAGUCAUAUCGCCUGCUGUCUCACAUCAACCGAGACAGGCUUGAUAUUUUCCGCAUUGAAAAGCUCUGGAAGAAUGAAAAGGGAGAAAGAUUUGCCUUUGGACAUCACUAUUUCCGUCCACAUGAAACACACCAUUCCCCCUCUCGUAAAUUCUACCACAAUGAGCUCUUCCGAGUGCCGCUGUACGAGAUCAUCCCCUUGGAGGCUGUAGUGGGAACCUGUUGUGUGCUGGAUCUCUACACCUAUUGCAAAGGAAGGCCAAAGGGUGUAAAAGAACAGGAUGUGUACAUCUGUGAUUACCGCCUUGACAAAUCAGCCCACCUCUUCUACAAGAUCCACCGAAACCGCUUUCCAGUGUGCACCAAGUCCUAUGCCUUUGACCACUUUCCCAAAAGGCUGACGCCAAAAAGAGACUUCUCACCUCAUUAUGUUCCAGACAAUUACAAAAGAAAUGGAGGCAGGUCAUCUUGGAAGUCUGACCGUUCCAAGUCUCAGAACAAAGACCUAAGCCAGGAGGAAGACCCACUUCCCCUCAUGGAGGACAUGAUAGCAAGGCAAGAGCCAGCCUCUAGUGAGCAGUUGCCCAGUGUAGAAGAUCCAGAGAAGGAGGCACUUCCCCAGGAAAAUGGUGAAAUGGAUAACAAGGUGGAAGAAAGCAGUUCCAUCCCCAUGCGGCCUUGCACCCCAGAAGAACGUCGGCACAUGCAGCGUGAAAGACUCAACCAAAUCCUCCUCACCCUUCUAGAGAAAAUCCCAGGGAAAAAUGCCAUCGAUGUCACCUACCUGUUAGAGGAAGGUUCGGGACGGAAGCUGCGGCGACGCACUCUGGCUCUUCCAGAGAGCAGCUUCAGGAAGUGACGUGCUCCACCCCACUGGAGAGAGGCUCUACUUGGAGUUCUGUGAAUGAGACUGUGGGCUGGAUGGGCAAGGCUUUCACCCGCCUUCCUGUGUCUCACAGUGUGUUGGGGGGUGGGAGGGCAGGCAAGAGGGGUAGAAGGAAACGGACACAAAUGGUUCUGUAGCACUUAGACAACGCGAUUGGGCAGGCAGGCAGCCCCACUCAGCAGUGCUCUUAUGAUGUGUGUGGUGUUGGGUGUGCCUUGUUGUCGAUGUUAAGGUACUAAGGAAAACCUUGUGGUUUUUUGUCCAAGACAGUCAAAUUUUAAUUUUAUUUAUUUCUCCCUGCCACUGCCACUCCUGCUCCUGCUGCAAUGUCCCUGGUCAGAGAAAGGAAAAAGGGCAGGAAGGAGCUGUACAGUGGGAUGUGGGGAGGUAAGCUGGUUCAGAACUGUUUUCCUUCCAUAGGAGUCCUCUUCCCCAUACCUGUCACUUCUGCCACAAUGGUGUACAGCUCAAGCUGGUGGGAUUGGAGGCACGGGGGAAGCGUCCUAACUCCAAGGGGCUCGUGGCAUGAAUGCAAAGCCUUCGGUUUGCUCAGGACAUGGUGGAGAAAGAGCGAUGCAUUGAGCACAGAAGGCACAUGGGACAAUUUUGUGGUUCUGUUGGCAUGAAAGCCCCAGCCAAAGCCCUCAACUCUGAAGCACUUGGUUACACAUCCUGCAACUUAAGGUGGGCAGGGAGGAUGAAUUUUUUAAACACAUUUUUUUUUUUUUGCUGCAGAUAAAUUUUAUAAAGCAAAUUAUCCAGUCCUAAUGCCACCCGAUUGGGUUGUCUUUUUUGUUUUUGUUUUUUCCCUUUGGUGUUUUAUUUUGUAGUAAGCUGUUUUUGUGUGUCCGGUGUAUCGUGAAAAUUUAAAAAGACAAAAAACUGUCAAAACAGCAAACACACACACACACAAAAAAAAUAACUUUUCACUACAUGAACCGUCAAGCAGUAUUUCUGAGCGAGUAUUUGUUGUGAAAUUGUAGACUAUUAUUCAUGGAUAACACUACUCUUGUGUUCUAUUUUUUUUUAAGAAAAGGAAAAAAACUGUACAGCUUAAAAGCAUCCGUCUCUUAAAGAGACAGUGUAUUUUAUGCGCCUGCCUCUCUCUGCCCUUAAAUUGGAGGGGAUAAAAAAAUAAAGUGUUAACUCAUUGACUGCAGGGAAGGGACAGUUUCCUUGCUUAACACAAUAACGGUUUCCAACCAUCAUGAUGGCUGAUAUCCAGUGCGGCACCAGACUAUGUAAACAUACCAUGUACCCUGGUGGUUUACAGGCCAUGCGCUGGCACAGGGAGCCGGCAGUUCGGCAUACACUGGCCCUUUAAUGUGGCUUUGCUCUCUGUCUCUCUUUGGUGUUCAUAAGCAUAUUAUGGUCCUGUUUAGGUGUCCUUAUAAAAGAAUCCCAUUUCUAAAUGUGCCAAGUUGUAUAUAUAUCGAAACCUUUCUUUUGCUGCGUGAUUGUAAAGCAAUAUGGUAGCUCUCUCCGUGUUCCUUCCCAACGGACCAAGCUUGUCCCAACUGUACAUUCUUGUUAACUAUAUUACUCUUAGUUUACUCUUAGUUUGGAACGACAACAACAAAAAAAGGCUCCAUUCCAUUCAAAUUUUUUUUUCUGAUGAUUUAAGAAGUUAAGAAGAGGUUGGUAAAGAGAAGGGAUGGGUGGGGGGAGCCCUUUGAGGAAAAAACAUAUUUUAUUAAAAAAAGACAAAUAAGAAAAUAGUUUGGAAUAUUUUCUUACUGUAGAAAAGUCUUGUACAGGAGAACCCUGAGUAUAAAAUACUCGUUGUGUGUUGUAGGAAAAAUGGGGGAGGAAAAAAAACUGCAUGUCGGAAAAAUCUUUUCAGUAAGUCACUCCAUUUAGUUCAAAACGGGGAAUUGUCUCAAAAUGGUGUUAAACACUAAAAAGAGAGAAAAUCCAGAUAAGUCCUUUUUAAAGAAAAUGAUGAUGAUGAUGACGACGACGACGAUGAAGAAAAGCUUGCCGAGAAGUGAGACACUAGCUCUACCAUUUUAUCUUUCUUUUGUUGAAAGACUAAAAACGAUGUUUUUUAGACAAUCAAAUUCUAGGUAAGUGUGAAAAAGAGUUUGUGUUGGGUUGUUUUUUUUUUAAGUUUUUGGUUUUGUUUUCUUACUGGUGUAGAAAAUUACUGACUUUUUUAAAAAACACAAAAAACCAGGGGGUUGGGGAGGGGUUGUUUUGUAUUAACCGAAGAGGCUGGCGAUGUUUCACCCGAUUGCUGAUGGAAGCCCAGGAAAAGAAGAAAAAAAGCACUAUGUUUGUUGCAAAUAUAGAUACGAACUCUUUUUAGUCUGCAUGGGGAUAGGCCGUGUGGUUGCUGAGAAGAAAUGCUGCUAAUAUAUUUCCUUUUUACAAGAGCAUAUCUAAAUAGACCAUUGUUUUGAUGUUAAUCUUUGUAAAUUAUGUAUUACCAAUUUUAACAUUGGAUGUAAUUGCAUAAAAGGCCUGCAUCUCAAAUACUAAGAGAUUCUAGUAUUAAAUGGGAAAAAAAACAUGUUUCCUAUCCAGUGG